UUCAUGAAUAAGGAUCUACAGCUUCAAACCGUGAACAUGAGUGAUUUCAGUAUUGAAUAUAUUUUAAAUAGAGCUGGUGAUAAAUAUGCCGGUACCAAUGGAUCGUUGGGUGUGAUGAGGCGUGAGAGGACAUCUCAUUAUCAUCCUUAUGUCAUCAGUUUUCAAGGACAUGAGCAACAAUUGGAAUUAUUGCAAAAAAUACCGUGUCAUCAACAACAACAGCAGCAGCUACGUCUCAGUCCCCAACAGGAACAUCAACAACAACAGCCCAAUUUUUUGGAACAAAUUCCAGUCUUAGAUUGGUUACAAUACACCCGUUAUCAUCCUCCAAAGCUACAAAGAUCCCUACGUCAAGGACCCGCUAAACGCACUCCCGGCCGCCUGCCCCGCAUACCCUUCACACCCGCUCAAUUACAAGCUUUGGAAAGUGCCUAUAAAGCUUCGAAUUAUUUGAGCGCCGAAGAUGCCAACAAACUUGCCGAUUCAUUAGAUUUAACCAAUACUCGUGUCAAGAUUUGGUUCCAAAAUCGUCGUGCCCGUGAACGUCGCGAUCGCCGCGACAAAGAGGAAUCAUCUUAUGACUCAACACUCUCAUCGAAUGCCUCCAGCCCCGAACCAGAAGAUGUUAUUGAUAUUGUGUAACGGGAUUCAAUUUCGAUCUGAGGAUGUUGCCAACGCUUGGGAAUCUGACAUGGAAUGCAGAAUACAUUACCAAGAUUCUGGUAUUUAAGAUUUGGUCCCACUGCAUUCAAGGAUAUUCUUACAGGGAUUAUAAAUCUGAAUAUAUAUGGUGAUCGAAUUGUCAUGCUUUAUCUUCGGGAUGACGAAAAAUGUCGGCCGAAAUGUACAUUUUUGAAUACAGAAUAAUGUUAUUAAAUUUAGUUUUAAGAAUUAUAAACAAUUUUGUGAUUAUAGAACAUAUAUACAAAUAAAUAAUAUAUAUACAAAUUUAAAAAAAAAUAAUUAAUUAAAUAAUCCUAUGGGAAACUAUAGAGAGAUCACCCACGUAAUGAUAGCCCCAAAUGAAG